AUGUGGAGGGGAAUAGGCUACGGCGGCCUGCACAGUCAUAGCUCUUAUCCAGCAGACCGCGGCCUCGGCCACAUCAAUUAUCAGCCCAAGGUCCGGGUUAUCGAGCGAUAUAAGGUCGUCGGAUUCAUUAGCUCCGGAACCUAUGGCCGCGUCUACAAAGCCCUUGGCCGCCAGGGCCAAACCGGCGAGUUUGCCAUCAAGAAGUUCAAGCCCGACAAGGAGGGUGAACAGAUUUCGUAUACGGGCAUUUCUCAGUCUGCCAUCCGCGAGAUGUCUUUGUGCAGUGAGCUGAAGCAUGCCAAUGUCAUCAAGCUCAUCGAAAUCAUCCUGGAAGACAAGUGCAUCUUUAUGGUCUUUGAGUAUGCCGAGCACGAUCUGUUGCAAAUCAUUCACCACCACACGCAAAACCCUCGCCAUCCCAUCCCGCCACAGACGGUCAAGAGCAUCAUGUUCCAGCUCCUCAACGGUUGCCAGUACCUACACGCCAACUGGGUCCUGCACCGCGAUCUCAAGCCCGCCAAUAUCAUGGUCACCUCAGCUGGGGAAGUCAAGAUUGGCGAUCUAGGUCUGGCCCGCCGCUUCGACAAGCCCCUGCACUCCCUCUUCAGCGGCGAUAAGGUUGUCGUGACGAUCUGGUACCGCGCGCCUGAGCUCAUACUCGGGAGUCGUCACUACACCCCCGCCAUCGACAUGUGGGCCAUCGGCUGCAUCUUUGCGGAGCUGCUCUCGCUGCGGCCCAUCUUCAAGGGCGAGGAGGCCAAGAUGGACAGCAAGAAGACGGUGCCCUUCCAGCGGAACCAGAUGCAGAAGAUUGUCGACAUCAUGGGCCUGCCGUCCAAGGAGCGCUGGCCGCUGCUGUCCGCCAUGCCAGAGUAUCCGCAGCUCGCUACGCUGCAGCCGCCCAUGACGCCGCAUCACCACGGCCACCACGGUCACCACCGCGGACACGGGUACGGUCACCACCCUCCCGCGCCGAGCGGCUCGAAUUUGGAAAAGUGGUAUUACAGCACUAUAUCGCAGGGGGCCUCGAGCAGCGCGACGUCGGCGCCGCAAGGUGGAAACGGGGGCGGCGCGCCGCUGGCGAGCUUGGGGGCUGAGGGGUAUAAGUUACUCGCGAGCCUGUUGGAGUACGACCCCGUGGAGAGGUUGACUGCGGCCAAGGCGCUGCAGCACCCGUUCUUUUCGACGGGUGAUCGGUUGAACGCGCACUGUUUUGAGGGGUUGAAGAAUGAGUACCCGCAUCGGAGGGUCAGUCAGGAUGAUAACGAUAUCCGGACGAGUAGUCUGCCUGGCACCAAGAGGAGUGGGUUGCCUGAUGAUUCGCUCGCUAGGCCUACGAAGAAGUUGAGGGAGAUUUGA